AUUUUUAUUUUGACGUGUCCAACAGUUCUGUGUGACUGUGUCAACUUGAUGUAAACAUAAAUUUGUUUUAAACGUCCUUGUUAUGAUAUACAGGCUUUCUAAACUUUCCAUAUUAAAAAGCAAGCUAUCUACACCUAUUUUAACUUCAAACCUCAAUCAAUUUGGUUUAAAAUUACGGAAUUUUCACCUCUCAAAAAUGGAGUCUGUCAGCGAAGCAGCAAGAGGUUGGUCGAACCCUGGCGUUUCAAAUAUUUACGAGAAAACUCGCCCUGACUAUAACCUCGACUCAGUAGAGUUUCUAUUGGAAAAAGUGGGUGCUUUAAAGCCUCAUUUGGGGCCUGAACCUUUCACGAUUGUCGAGUUAGGGGCAGGGACUGGAAAAUUUACAAGAGCUGUGUUGAAAGUGUUCGAAAAACAUGCUGUGAAGAAUUUUAAGAUCAUUGCAACGGAACCGCUCAGAGAGAUGUGUGAAAAAUUUAAAGAAAUGGUGCCAAAUGUCGAGAUAUUACAAUGUCCUGCUAGUGAUUUGGAAGGUAUGUACCAUAUAUGCUAUGCAUGGUAUAGCUGAGUUUAUACAGAAAAUGGAAAUUUAAGAUUUCCACUCUGUAUAACUCAGUUAUACCAGCACACUUUACCAUACCCAAGUAAUCACUGAAUACUUAUAACAGAAUAGGACCCUUACAGAAGAUCGACUUCCCGGUUUUGCCUAUGAUUUUGACGUAACCAUUGCAAUGCUGUGGCUAUGUUCGUAGCCGGUGUGCUUAUGAGUGGCAUCCACCCCCCUGAAAUUAUUCAAAAUGGGAUGAUGUUCAGGGGGGUGAAUGCCUCUCAUAAGCGCACCAGCUAGGAACAUGGAGAGUGCAUUUUGAUGCCGAAUCAUGACGUACUGUAGCAGCGGUUAUGCUUUUUGGCUGAGUCAACCUUCUGUAAGAUUCCUAUUGUUUAAGUCUUGUUGUGCCCAACUUAGGUUUUUACUCUGUCUAAUGCCCAACGGUUUUAUGCCAGAUGUUUUUGCCAGAAAGUCAAGGGGAGGGUAUCUUCGCUCCGUUAACUUGCCCGCUAAUACCGUCUUCUACGCAGGCCAGGAGAGCAAUGGCACUCGAUGGGUUAACAAAUUAUUAAAUAUCUUUUUAAAAAUUCUAACAUUUUCGUACGGAUGUUCAACUGCUGUUAUUACAUACCAUUUGUAUUGACAGGUCUGCCUAGCAAUUGUGCAGAUACUAUUUUAGCGGCACAGUGUUUUCACUGGUUUGGUAUGGACCCGAAAGCACUCGACGAAAUCCACAGAAUUCUGAAACCAAAAGGCACCCUGGGAAUAAUUUGGAAUUUGCCCGACCGCUCGGUUUCAUGGAUUAAAACAAUCGAAGAGUGGCUCGACCCAAAAUUUGAGGACAUUAAUAUCCCACGUCCGGACAAUCAGAUCAUGUUCGUACGUCUGCGUAAUCAUGACGGGUUUGCAAACGAGGCUAUGGACGAAACAACUUAUAAAUACAAUAUGGAGUUGGAUUUUGAUGGAAUUAUCCAGCGAUACGAAGGAAAUAGUGUAGUGUCAGCCGCACCCGAUAAAGAAAAAGAGCGACUUUUACUGGCAAUCGAAGAAGAAAUGAAAACGAAUUCAGAUACAAAAGAUAAACAGAUAUAUACUUAUGAAUUUGUUAUAAAAAUGCAUUGGUUUCAGAAAAUUUAAUUUUACAUGGACAAAAUUUAGUGACACAGAGACAAAUUAAAUAUUUGAACAAGGUUAAAACUGCAAUUAUAUUUUUGUAUUUAUACUCAAGAAUUACCGGUACAUAUCUUCAUUUUAUAUUUAGAUUAUAUUGCAUAAAAAGUGAAACAUUUAAAAUGUUACAUGAAACCUUAAAAUGUGUGUGAAUUAUUGUAAAUUAACCCAUCGAGUUCCAGCACUCUCCCCUUGAUGAAUAAAAUUGUCUUGAGGUAAGAUUUCGGAAAGCUAAGUUUGAGCCACUGCCACACCCAUUUUUUCCAACAACCACACCCAAUUUUUUAACUCUCUUUCAACUAACAUGGGAGAGUCUAUGUUUUCGUAACUCUCUGUUGUUGUGGUUGGGAAGCGAGGCAUGAGUUAAGUCUGAUUAUUAUUUUAAAUUAAAGGCCUGUUUACACUUGCAGUUUUUGCUGUGAUUUUUGUGCGAUUUUCUUCUGAUGGAUGUGUUAUGAAUGUUGAGAUGAGGUACAUAUACUCAGAACAUUCAUUACUUAUCUACUUCUUCAUAUGCAUUGGAAGAAAAAAAUCGCAAGUGUAAACGGGCCCGUUUAAAAUGCCAUGUUAGUUGAAAGAAAGCCCAAGAAAUUGGGUGUGGUCAUUGGAAAAAGUGGGCGUACUUCAAAUUUAACUCUUCAAAAUAUCAACUCUCCAAUUUAACUUGCCCUUUUAUAAUGCUCACAUUUUAGUUAUGCAGUCCCGGGUGAAAUUAACCUGUUAAAUUAGUCCAAGCUGUUGUGACCCUACCUUGUCAUUUUAGCUGUCUAACUCCAGACCUUGUCAUUUUAACUGUCCAACUCCAGACUAUUUUACUCUUCAAGGGAAAGUGUUACACAUUAAGGGUUAAUGCACAAUUUAAAUGAUGUUGCAGGUUUGACCAACAAUUCUGUGGAUUGUAUUCUGGCUGCCACGAGUUUUCACUGGUUUUAUAAAGACCAAAAAGCCAUUGAGGAAAUUCACAGAGUCCUAAAGCCAAAAGCGAUGCUAGGACUCAUAUGGUAUCUACCCGACCGUUCCGUGUCAUGGAUAAAAAAUAUUGAGGAAAUGCUUGACCCAAAAUAUGAAGCACUUAAAUUUGGAAUUAAUACUUAUGAUGAGAAGGCGCUUAUACCUUUACGAGAUCAUGGUGGAUUUGUUAACGAGGGGGCAGAUGUCACCAGUUAUACAUACACUCAAGAAUUCAGUUUGACAGACGUUAUCGACAGGUACAAAGGUAAAAGUGUUGUAGCAGCAGCACAAGGGGCCGAAAAGGAGUUGAUGUUGAAAGCAAUUGAGCAAGAAAUGAAAACAAACCCAGAGACAAAAAAUGAAGAGAAAUAUAUUUUCAAAUUUCUAAAGAAACUUCAUUGGUUUCAGAAGAUUUAGGAAAUAUAGGUAAGUAGCUUAGAUUGUUUCAACAAGCACUGUCGUGUGGCAGAUGGUCAACCUGCAUAAAGUGAGAAAUGUUAAAUUAUUUUUUGUUAUAUGUUGUAGUCUAAUGUAUAUCAAAUGCUUAGUUACCACUGAGGCACAGAAUAGUGACUGAGGGGAUGGAGUGUGAAUUUAAUUAUAAAAAUUUUGUUUGGGUCUGACAUUAAUGUCCGGCCAGCUUUUCAAUAUUUACACGAGACCUGCUGAUCACUUCCCACAUGAUAAAUCACAUUAGUAAAUUUUGGUAAGCAAAUAACUGUUAAUAACCGGACAUUUGUCAGGCCCAAGCAAAAGUGUUCUCAUUCAGACCUAUUUUCGACCCAAACUGAAGGUCAUCAGACAUCAUCAUACACAUGUCCAACUCAAAGUCAUCAGAUAUUUUGUCAGACGGUCCUGUAAAAGCUGGUUAAUGGUGUGGUUAACAUCGAAUUCUAAUCAUUAGGUAAUGGAUUUAGUGAAUUUAACUCAAUCAGGGUGUAUUUGUUAUAGCAACUCAGCAUAUAGACUUGAACUUGUAUUAUUUUGAGAAUUUGGACACCAGAUUUUCUGCUUUGAUACCCGAGGUUUUGACAAAAAAAUUCUAAUCUCAAACCCUGUUCAUGACAUAGAAUGGAACGAACAAAGCAUUUAAAUUAUAUCUGUGAGUGUAUAGUGUAGCAACAAGCAUAAAUAUGUGUUAUAAAAUAAGGUCUAUUGACUUUGGAUUCUCACUAUAAUUAUUACAAGCAACAUAAAUGUUGUACAAUAGACCUUACCGUUUAUUCACUUUUCACCCAAUGGCCUCGUUUCUGUGUCAAAUACUUUAUACUCCUGUUUUGUGCUUAGUAGGGUUAAAAAUUACUUUGUUAUUGAGCUUAAGAACAGCAAGAAACAAAUUCGUCCAGGAAAACGUGGGAAUAUAAUUUUUAUCUGCCUCUGACAUGUAUGCUAAAAUAAGUUAACAUGGAAAUGAGGCCAUUGGGUAAAAGAGAAUAAAUUGGUAAGUUCUAUUAUUUUGGAAAUUAUUUACAAACAUUAAAUGUAUGUUAUUAAAACAUUUUUAAUCAACAUUGUACAGUAUUGCCUACUAUAUUUGAAUCAUCACUCACUGGAUUAAGAUUUUCAUAAAAGUCAUCCUUAAAUGCUAAAAUUUCAUCCACUGGACGUUUUGCAAUGUACUUUGCGAACAGUUCAUCUGCCUGAUAGAAGGUGUCCAAUAAAUGUGUAUCGUCUGUGAUUUUAUACCCAAUCUGACAUAGAUAAUAGUAUCUCCACUGAAGUUGUUCUAACGAGUACAGCAAAACAAGCGGUGACCUAAUUAACGACUGGUUCGUUAAGCCCAUGUCUUUCUUAAUGAAGUCACUUUGCUUGCGCAUUCUUUCGACAUUUGCUGUGAAAACCUUAGGAUUGUUUGUGAAGACUUCAAUAAUUCGUUCCCUUGUGUACCCUAAUUUGUCCAUGAAGAAUCUUACACGUUUUUCGAUCGCCUCCCAACAGUAAGUAAUUGAUCUUGGCUGUUUGGUAAAGAAUGUGUGAAUCGUUUUAUCUGAAAGACCACAGUCUUUUAAAUAUUUAACGAGGUCAUCAAAAGUAUCUUCCAAUCUCGUUAAGAUGGUCAUGGGAUUAUAUCUAAAGAGAUGUGAAAUAAUUACUCUCUGCUGGACGAGUGAAAUUAUCUGGCAUUAGAUAGAGUAAAAUAAUAAAGUGGGGUCCAGUUAAAGGGUUAACAAGACACAUGGAUAGUCUGAUUAGUGGGUUAAUCAUUAUUGAUGUUGGCUCGUUAAAGCUACGGAUAUACGGGCAAUACUUUUCUGGCGAUGGCAAUGCAAUGGUGGUAAAAUCGUUGCAUUGCCGUCGUGAGAAAGAAAUUGCUUGUGUAUCAUGCUCUGUGACGGCAACACAAAGCUCUGCGCAAUCGUUGCCGAAAUUUCAAAUCAUUUGAUUUUCGGCAAUGAUUGCCGAAAAUUGGGAGGUGUGGUCAAGGAAGGUCAAGGUUGAUGAAUGACACGUUUCUUGACCAGCCAAUGAAAAGCGUUAUGAAGACAUAUAUUGCAGGUGAAAUAUUGCAGGUGUAGCCACCUUUUGCGACGGCAACCCAAUGCUGUUAUCACCCAUUGCGUAACCAUCGCAGUAAAAAUAUUGCUCGUGUAUCCGAAGCUUAAUACCUUCCAGGGUGCAUUCCAUGCACGUUUCGCGGAAGAUCUUCGGCGUGAGUUAUGAAUUGCUGGCGCACAAUCACGUCGAGGUUGGCGCACAAGUUUUCAGUUUUGGUGGUUGGCGCGCAUCGAAUGUUUAAGCGAGACUUUGAGUAUUAAUAAUCGCCUGGUGAUUGGAUUGGCCUCUAUGAUUCUUUAGGGACUCGAGAAAUUUGUGUUCCUGGUUGUAAUACUAUAGCUAAAUGGUGGUUACAAGUGACGGAAACUAGGGGGGCAAGGGAGGGGGGGGGGCAAUCGCUCCCCCCAAACAUUUUACUAGAAUUAUGUUUAGCUAGAUUUCAAUUUGAAAAAUGAAAGCAAAAUAUAAGGAAGCACUAUUUGUUACAAUAACAAGAGCAACGAAAUGGCAAGUUUUAAUAAAAACAAGCUAAAAACAAGCUAAAGUAUUCUAAAUUUAUAAUCUGACAAGUGACACAAUGAGCGUUAUGAAUUCUGAAAAAAGUCAAAUUAAAUUAGUUUUGCGACUACAGGUUAAAAGGUGGUGAAUUUUGGCUAAAACAGUGGCUUCUACAGUUAGUUGUCAUUGCAUGUACCAAAUUUGAGGAACGUAACUAAAAAAUCAGCACGCAGUGACAAUUUUUCUGAAACAGGAAUCUAUCAUAUGAUGUAACCAUAAUCGUGUCCAGUUACGUCAGUAUAUAGGCUCUAAAUUUAUGAUAUACAUGCAUAUAUCAUAUAGAGUAUCAUCCGAGUGUUCAUAAAACAAUAGCAAUUAAUUGUAUCAAAUUUACAACGGACUAUACAGUAUCUAUAGGUAGGAAUUUUCAGGUGUUCUUUCACUUCUCUGGUUUAAAUAUUAGUAUUACGUACUGCAAGUUCAGGUUACCGCAGUCGUUGCAACAGUUGUGUGAUAACGCUUCUAGGCAGGUCGAUUGACGUUGCUAUGGUGUCGUUUGUGCAAUAAAAAUCUCAUUAUUACCUUAUAAGGUAGUAGGACUGUUCAAUAAUCAACAAUAGAACUGCGCAUAGACUGAUGAAAUUUUGAUACAGCGGAUUUUGAUUUAACGUUUCCGAGGUCACGCCCUUAGCAAAUAAAUUUUAUAUUGUCAUUGGUUAUUAAUUAACUUAAACCACCUUGCAAUUCCAUUAUAUUCACAAAUGUAUUUUUUGAAAUCAUGUACAAUAUUUUCUCUGAAACGUCGUUUUUUUUAUGCUUAGCACAUGAUUUAUACCAGAAUGCACCAUUAACUAAUGUUUUGAAAACCUGGAAUUUCUUACAAAAUGUGCUCUCAGAAUGCUACAAAUGCCAUUUCAGGGAUCCAAAUUUUAAAAAUUUUCUGGGGGGCACGUCCCCUACAAAUUUCGUGCCUUCGGCACUCGCCCCCCCCCCCCCAAAAAAAAAAAAAAAAAAAAAAAAAAAGUUUCCGCCACUGCUGAGUGAGUGAGGUUAACUUGUGAUACAACAGUAACAACACUCAUCAUUGCUCAUCAGCAAAACAUUUUAUUCAUCAGUUACACGCCUUUUUAGCAAGUUUAAAUUUUAAGCAACUAACUAUUAAUGAAAAAUCAUGGUGCCCGCGAUCAGCCGGCGCAUAAGUUGACCUCACUUGGGGUUAUAGAUUCAUGUCUGGGUUAGGUUAAAACGCGGAAGCGGAUGCGGAACGGAUAUGCGGAACGGAACGGAUAUGGGUUAAAAUGCGGAACGGAACGGAUAUGCGGAACAGAACGGAUAUGGGGUUAAAAUGCGGAACGGAACGGAUAUGCGGAACGGAUAUGGGGUUGAAAUGCGGAACGGAACGGAUAUGCGGAACGGAACGGAUAUGGGGUUAUAAUGCGGAACGGAACGGAUAUGGGGUUAAAAUGCGGAACGGAUAUGGGGUUAAAACGCGGAAUGGAACGGGAAUAAAUCGUUUUUUAAAAACAGACAUGAUUUUUCAUGUUCCGCAUUUUAACCCCAUAUCCGUUCCGUUCCGCAUUUUAACCCCAUAUCCGUUCCGUUCCGCAUUUUAACUCCAUAUCCGUUCCGUUCCGCAUAUCCGUUCCGUUCCGCAUUUUAACCCCAUAUCCGUUCCGCAUCCGUUCCGUUCCGCAUCCGCGUUUUAACCUAACCCAUUCAUGUCUCGCUAUUUAUAAUGCUAACCCUAAUCCCCACCCUAAACCUAACCCUAAACGCUAACCCUAUUAGCGAGACAUGAAUUCACUUGGCGCACGGUAACACUACCUCAGAUUAUCUUCGGCGUGAGGUUUACACGGAAUGCACCCUGGAAUACCUUAGAACUUUAGCAAUUUCCUCUUUGUUAAGGUUUAUACAUUUCUCCAAGAGCCGAAUACGCUUUUCCAUCACGUCGAUGGGACGGAACAGCAGUUUAGGAUACUGAGGUAUAAGAUGGGAUAUCAAGACAUUAGGAUCUCUAAAUUGUGUUGUAUAUCCUGACAAAAAAUUAACAUUCUUCUCCAUUUCUGCCACUUGACAAGUCAUAAUCGCCCUUGGACAUUUUUUAAAAACCAACCCAAUAUGCUCUUGUGUUAGCCCUAUCGAUUUAAAGUACUGUUCUCUCUCUGCGAUGUCAGAUACGGUACACACUUUGGAUAAAAGCCUUGCGGAUCUUUUUGCCACCUGAAAUUGGUCGAGUAAAUAUCUCUCUGUCACUCUGUGUCUUCAUUUCGAGGCGCUUGCUGUGAUUUUCGAGCUCCACGGAUCAGAAAUAUACUUGUGCAUUUAAUACGAAGUACAGAACUUGCCUGGAAGGUAUAUAUUCGAUUAAAACAGAACAUUUUUUCAACAAAAAAGUGCCUGUCUUCGAAUUUGAAUUUGUCAAUUCGAAGGAAAUUCAGUUGCGCACGCACAUG